AUGACCACUCCCACCUACUCUCCUCAACACAAUGGGAGAGCAGAAAGAGCGGUGGGCAAGGUUAAACAAAUAACCAGAACUUUGCUUAAUCACAUACCAGAAUUUUUAAAGCCAUAUUUAACCCCAUACGCCAUUAUCCAUGCCACGGAGUUAAUGAAUCGAUGGUACCAUACAUCAAUUCAGGAUACUCCUCUCCAUCAGUUUCUAGGUCGAACACCAACCAAUAUUACAUUUCCAUAUUUUGCAGAAGAUAUAUUAUUAUUUCUUCCAAAGAAAGAAAUUACCAAAGCAAUUUAUCUUGGGUACCGAAAUCUCCAUUCUACUCAUUUAUUUCUAUUAGUAAGUGAACCUAAGAUAGUAGUCCAUUCAAAUUUUAGACCACUUCGUACUACCACAUUCAUUCAUCAAAUUCCACAUCAUAUACUUAACGGCCUAAAACCAGAAGAUCCAUUAAAUCCAUUGAUACCACUAAUACAACAAAUAAAUUACCAGAAUACGAAACUGGCUGCAAAAUUGCAACCCAGUAUUGAUAUUCAAAGUAUACCAAAAGAUAACCAAAAUAUACCAUAUUCCAAUACCAUAUCUCAUAUUCCCCAAAACAUUCUCACUGCUAAAUCACGUGAUAUAACUCACUCAACCAAAAAUACACUUGCAACAGUUCAAUAG